AUAACUUGGCAGCUGCAUAAAAUGUUCGCACUUGUAAAGGUACACGGAAUUUCCGAUACCUUGUUAGACAAUAACAUUUGAAUGUUAGAGGCAGCUUACGAUCGAUUGUCUGUUUAGAUACAAAUUAAGAGCGUGUGUAUACGGACAAAUCGAUUUCCUAUAGCAGCCUAAACAGAUCUGACGCCUGGAGAAGAUGUCAAGUUUAAUAUGGCUGCGUUAAAAAUAAAUGGAAUAACAGACCGACAUAACGAAUGUAAAGUGUAGUCGGCUGUUUAGAAAUAUUCGGAAAUGAACGAUUUUAGAAAGAAAGAAGGAAUGUGUUAAAACGGUCGAUCGUGUUAUAAGAGAAAGCAGAAGACAAAUUAACCAAUGAAAUCGAAGAUUAUGAAGCGUCAGAACGUGCGCACGUUGUCACUGAUUGUGUGCACGUUCACGUACCUGCUGGUCGGGGCGGCGUUGUUUGAUGCCCUUGAGUCGAGAUACGAGGUUGAGCGUCGUGCUGACUUACUGGAAGAUGAAAUGAUGUUCAGAAAUAAAUACAACAUGACGCCGACGGACUUCGAGAUAUUACGUAAAAACGUGGAGAGAACUGUUCCCUACUAUUCGGGCAUACAGUGGAAAUUCAGCGGGUCUUUCUACUUCGCUCUCACAGUCGUAACAGUCAUUGGAUACGGUCACAGUACACCACAGACAGUUGGCGGGAAGAUUUUCUGUAUGUUUUACGCUGUUGCCGGGAUCCCCCUGUGUAUUAUUAUGUUCCAGAGUGUGGGAGAGAGGCUUAAUGUUUUCAUCACCUAUACAUUGAAAAAGAUCAGAAAAUGUUUGAAGCUCCGCAAUAGAACAGUGCCAGAAACUCACGUGAUACUUGUCACCAUGAACCUAUCGACGCUCGUGUUAACUUCCGGUGCAUUAAUGUUUGACCACUAUGAGCAUUGGGGAUUUCUAGAUUCACUGUAUUACUGUUUUAUAACGCUGACAACUAUUGGAUUUGGUGAUUAUGUUGCGCUACAAAAAGAUGACGCUUUGCAAGAAAAACUUCAUUACGUCGUCUUCAGUUUGAUUUUUAUACUGUUUGGCCUAACAGUAAUAUCUGCUGCUAUGAAUUUACUGGUGCUACGAUUUUUAACGAUGAAUACCGAAGAUGAACGAAGAGACGAACUCGAAGCCGCUGCAGCUGCGCAAAACGCUAUUCACCUCGAUGGCGACGUUAUAACAUCAAAUGGAAAUGUGCACGUUGUCUCAAACGCGCAAGAACGCGCCGCGGUUGAAUACAGUGAGGUAAUUUCUGUUUGUUCGUGCUCUUGUUACAAAUGGAGUUCAAACCGAGGAAAGGAAGUACAAAAUAACCGUCGUCGGAAUCAGUCUAUUUUUACGACAACAAGUGGAAAGAACAAUUAUGGACGAGACGACAGCAGCGAGGAAGGUGACUCAUUCCUUCAAUACCAUUCAAAAAGAAACUCUCUUUGAGAAGUCGGCAAAUGAUAAAAGAAUUCAGUGCUAUAUUUAAUAUCGCCCGCAAACUAGUACCGCUCGCAAAUCAAGAUGGUAGUGAUGUUGACGAUGUUGACGAAGCAGAGUACCAUUAUCUGGAUAUGCC